AUGGAGAGAGAGGAGUUUGGGGACCCCAAGAGGGCCCGUGCUUCUGGUAAGUUUUUGGGUACCUCAUCUGGAGGUAGAGGGUCCUAUAGAGGAGGUGGUUCCUUCCAGCGUAGAGGACCAGUUCAUGCAUCUAUGCCUGCUUCUGAGGGUGGUCAGACACCUCGUGGGUCCUAUAGUGCAGGUCAGAAUUACCAGGGGUCACAGCAGAGGUCAAUUAGCCGGGGUAGUUAUACAAGUUCUUCAGGUUCAUCGCAGAGGUUUUCGCAUGAGAGAGCAUGUUAUACUUGUGGUGAUCCGGAUCAUCUUUCAUGGCAGUGUCCAUCUCAGGGUCGAGGAGGAACCCAACCUAGUUCUUCAGUUUCAGUGAGAGGGCCAGCGCCGCCAGUCAGAGGUCGAGGUAGAGCCCAGACUAGUAGGGGUGGUCGCACUCCUAGUAGGGGUGCUAGUGGUGCUAUAGUCCCUCAGGAAGGAGGUAGAGGUGUUGGGCAGGUCGGAGGUGGUAGGGGAGCUCAGUGUUAUGCUUUUCCAGGGAGACCCGAGGCUGAGGCUUCCGACGUCGUUAUCACAGUGGAGUUGGGUCCAGACUUGACAUUUGAGGAGGAGCCUAUAGCCAUUCUAGAUAGGCAGGUUCGUAACCUUAGAACCAAGAAGAUAGCUUCAGUGAAGGUACAAUGGAAGCACCGUUCAGUCGGAGAGGCGACUUGGGAGACAGAGGCUGAUAUGCGUGCCAGAUAUCCCCAUCUUUUUGAAUCUUCAGGUAUAUUCCUUUGCUUUAUGUUCGGGGACGAACAUGAUUUUUAG